AUGGCCGCUGGCGAGAUCCAUUGGUCCAUGGAGUCCACCAGAAGGGCUGAUGGAUUCCAGGGCAGAGUGGCAGCACCUCGUGGUCGGAAGCUGGUCAGAGCGGCAGAGAAACCUCUGGCUAUAAGUACCUGCGGUGUCCAGCCGACUCCCCCUGCCUUCAGGAAGGGGAAUUCCCUCUCCAUCGAGCAGAGUCUGGCUGGCACUUACGAGGUGAAGCUGCCCCGGAUCACCCAGCUUGGAAGCAGGAGUGAAACCUGCCAUGGAAAGUCCUUAGCAGCUGACCGGGAGCAGAGCUUUCUCCAGCCUUUCCCAUCGGAAGUUGUAUUUCAGGACUUCGUUCCCUGUGAGGUCUAUGAAAAGCUGCUGGUUCUGAGGAACAGUGACAAGGUUCCUCAGCUGGUGAAGGUCAUCAUGGAACGCUCACCGUAUUUCAAGUUGUUGAUCCCCAGUGGUGUGUACCGUAAGAUACCACCUGGCCUGACUGCAACUUUCCGCAUCCUUUUCACCCCUGAGGAGAACAAGGAUUAUUUCCACCAGCUCACCUGCAUUGCAGGAAAGGAAAAGCUUAUUGUGCCGAUCCGAGCUAUAGGUGCUCGACCUGUCCUGGACUUCCCUGACCAGCUGCACUUCUCCGUCUGUCCAGUCAACUACAGCACCGAGAAAACACUGCUCAUUCGUAACGUCGGUAAUCGGGAGGCCCACUACCGCAUCAGCACUCAGAGCCCUUUCUCUGUUAGUCCCUCCGCUGGGAACCUUAGGGUUGGUGAAGCCACACAAGUAACGGUGGAGUUUCACCCAGUGAAGACGGGGGAUCAUUCCGGGUCCCUGAUAGUUCACUAUGACACAGGUGAAGAUACCCACACAAGCCUUUAUGGAGCGGCUGUAGAUGUCAACAUCAGGCUGGAGAGGAGGUCCUUGACAAUUGAGAAGACUUACCUCACUCUGGAAAACCGCGGCACUGUGGUCAUCCACAAUCGGAGUGGAAUCACUGCCCACUUCCAGUGGAAGGCUUUUGUUACUCAGGAAGAGGAGGAUAAGCGGAAGCUGAGGCUGUGCCAGAGGCUGCGGAGCAGGGAGGAUGACAUGUUGGAUUGUUUUCUCAAGGAGUGCUUGGAGUUCUCCAGUCUCCGAGAAUGCCGUCCUCUUCUCUCCAGCAACGACCGGAACCAGAGUGCAAAAGGGCAAGGAGACCGCACGCUUUUCUCCAGUGAUAUUUUCACCAUUGAUCCAGUGGAAGGAGAUGUCUUGCCAAAUUCUUCAGUUGUAAUUAAUGUGAUCUUUAAACCCCAAGAAGCCAGAGUCUACAAACAAAUGGUCUACUGUGACAUCUCAGGCCGUGAAACCAGGCUGCCCCUGCGCAUCAAAGGGGAAGGCAUAGGGCCCCAGCUCUGCUCUGACUUGGACCAGCUGGACAUCGGGAAGGUCUCUGUUGAAUCAGCGCAGACUUAUGAGAUGAUCCUGUUUAACAAAGGAGCCAUUGAUGCUUUCUUCAGCCUGGAGCCUCCAACUACAGCUCUGGGCUCCUGCUUCACCUUUCUCCCUCAGGAAGGUCUCAUUUCACCAAACAGGCUCCAAAUCAUCAAGAUCUCCUUCAGUUCCACCAUCCUGGGGGAGUUCACAGAAGAAUUCAGAUUCAAUGUAAAUGGAUCCCCUGAGCCUGUGACUUUGACUAUCAGGGGCUGUGUUACCGGACCACUUGUUCAUUUUGAUGUGCCUUCUCUCUCCUUUGGUGAUGUCUCCUUUGGCUUUCCUCGCACAUUGUCCUGUCGCCUCAUUAACACCUCCUCGGUGCUCAGGACCUUCAACCUUUACAUUCCUGACGAUGGCUCAGGAGAGCCCAGUGUCACCAUUUCUGAUCUGAUGUUGGACAACACCCUCCCAUCCCGAAGAAGGAGAAGUCGAAGACAGGUCAGGCCGACUGAAUUUACCAUCACUCCUUGCAGAGGGAUCAUCCAGCCCCAGGGAUUCCAGGAUAUCCAGAUCACCCUGUGUUCCAACACUGUGAAGAAAUACCGUCUGGCACUGGUGGUGGACGUGGAGGGUGUUGGCAAGGUGUCUUCAUUGCUCCUCAGAGCCAGGUGUGUCAUUCCUCAGCUGCGAGUGCUCAACCCUAUUGUGACAUUUGAAAAGUGCUUCCUGAAAGUCCCCUGUCAGCAGACGCUGACCAUUGUGAAUGACAGCAAUCUUCCAGGCUGCUACAGGGUUCUUCCUCAGGAACACAAGGACGCUGCUGCUGUGCAGUACUCCAGCCCUGUGCCGUGUGGGAUUAUCCAGCCUUGCAGCUCAGUGGAGGUCCCAUUUACACUGGAAGCCCAGGUGACGGGAGAGCAGGACACUGUUGCUUGUGUUGCGGCAUUUGGGAAGGAAGAAUUCCCGCUGGAAAUCCAUUUGGUGAGCAUUACAGAAGGACCAGUUGUCUAUGUCCGGCCAAGUAAAAUAAAUUUCGGCAGUAUCCAAGUGCUACAAGACGCUUCCCGGACUCUCCGCCUCUCCAAUCAAACCAUCAUCCCUGCGUCCUUCACGGCACAGAUGGCUGGCAAACACUCACGCUGGAGGAUUGAACCCAGUCAAGGAGUGAUUCCCCCCAACACCGACCUGGCUCUGGCUGUUAUAGCAAACUUGGAUGGCAUCAAGAAAUUCAAGGAUGAGGUGAAGGUCUUCAUAGGGAACAGCCGGAGCUACAUCAUCCCCGUUCAGGCUGUUGGCGUCGGCACCACGACGGUUAUCAACAAACCCAUUGCUCCAGAGGUCAACUUGGGGCCCCACUUCAGAUAAGCAGACGACGUUGGAAGGCAGCUAUCAUACAGGAAAACUUCCCAGAAGUUCUUGAACUUUUCCAGUUCAGUUUGUAUCAAUGUUUAUAAAUGCCUCCAAAAAGCCACAGUCAUACAACCCAUACUCAGUCUACAUGGUACCAUACUGGAUAACAAUUGUCCCCUUCAAAAAGAAAAAUAAAGUUAGAACCUGACCGAUUCCCCCAUGCACACACAAAGAACAAAUCUUUUGGAUUAGAAAACCAAAAAAAAAGUCAUUUAAAUUCUUACAUAUUUAAAUAUAAGAAUAUAAAUUCUUAAGUAUUUCAAUUAUCAGGUUUCCUUUAGCUGCUUUGUGUUCCCCCCUAAAGAAACUGACAUUACUGGGAGCGGAGGAAUCAACUUUCCCAGUGCAGAUCUGCAAAUACCUUCACACUGUCCUGACUGGAGCGGAUCUCAGCUCUCGCCUCCCAGCCAGGGACACAGAGGGCUCAUUGCUGCUGCCCAUACACAGAUGAUGAGCAGCACUUCUGUACCCUUAGUGCUGAGGUGUCUUCUCCAUGGGUCUGCCAGAUAAUGGAGCUGUCAUGGGAGAGCUGUGCCCUUCUGAAGGGCUGCCCAAAACACAGAAGGACUCUGCAGGCAAAGAAUCAAACAUCACAAAUGCCGUGUCCCCCGAAUGGAGAAUCUGGUCAUUUGCAUUGCCCUGAACCUGCUGAUUAGGAGAGGGAUUGGUCUCUACUCCCAUGGCUACACCUGCAUGGCAGGACCCGCGGGACUGAUCUCUGAACUGCAGCUUAACCCAAACCCAAUCCCAGAAGGUCCAGUGGUAAGAACCAGGUGAGCGAAAACAGGAGAGGGAAGAGGGAGACAUGCACAGUGUUGCUGCAGACGGAGCCAGCAGAGACACAGAGAGACAGGGCUUUGGUGAUUUCUCCUUUGAAGGGGUGAAGGUGCUGUGAAGGUGACUGACCAGCCAUGGCCUGAAGAGAAGAGGUGGGAGAGGAGAGAGUGGGUUUGCUCCAUCAUAGAUGUUUGCACUGCAGGGGAUGGCAGGGAGUUGCCUCAAUCCCCAUUCCCAUGUUGUUAAUGGGAGCAGAUCCUUGUCCGUCCCUGCUCAUGUCUCUGCUGCCUGGAGCUUGUCCCUGCUGGGAGCUGUUUGUCCCUGGAUCUCCUCCCUGUCUGUGCUCACAGCCCAUCCUACCCACUGUGUGCUCAACUGUGCCCUGCAGACCCCUCCUGGCAGCAGGGCACUGCCCAGGGGCCCCUCUGGGUGUGCAAGAGCUGAGGAGCAGCUCAGACGGAUCCUAAUGGGAACUGGGGUCCCAGUGCCUUUCAAGAACAGAGAAAUAAAUUCCCAUCCCCACUGUCCCCCCUUCCCCCCGAGCACCAGGAGUGGAAACCUGAAAGCACAGACUCCAUUGCUUCCAGGUAGAUGCUAUCCUGAUGUCAUUCUUCAAAAAGACCCUCUGCAAUUGCUUUGGGGAUGAUCUGGAGCGCUGAGCAGCCCUGACGCACACAGCACCUUCUUGACAGCAGGAGGACCCUGCCCUGCCCUGCCGGGAGUCGCUCCUUCCACCCGCAGGACUGCAGGGAGUUUCCUGGCAGGACUGUCCAGGGCACCCCUGGUUGCACUCUCAGCUUCACAGCCCUGCAGCCACCUCUGGGAGAGGGCAGCCAUCACCCCCAGUCCUUUGGCGGUGCAGUAGAGAAUCCUGGCUCCAGAGCAGUGUCUUUCUCCUCUGUACCAGAGAAACUCCUCAUAGAGUCCUCCUGAUAGAUUCCAAAAGCUGUGGCCUGUGCCAGCUUUUGGAGAUCUGCAGGGAAGCUCACAGCUUGGAAAGAAACCUCAUGGAAAUACCCAAGUAUCUUAAUGAUGGUGUUUCAGUAAGCAGGAGUCAGCCCUUUCCUCAGGGAAUGACACAGACUGCUCUGCCCACAGUCCCACGGGUGAGGUGAAAGCUUGGACACUGCAUUCCCACAG